GACAGUUUCCGGAGUUCAAUUUAUUUAUUAAUUUCCUAUUUAUUUAUUUAUCCACGUUCCUCUCGGACCCGAACCAAUAUGAAAUUGCUGCUCGACUCCUCCUCAUCGCUCCUCUUCUCGCUGCUAUUGGCUCAGCUGCCAGUGUUCACCUCUGCCUCUCCAGUGCCACAGCGGCGGACCACUGACAUGGAUAAACUGUCCAAUCAGACCAAACAUCUGAUGAAGCUCACCCAAGAACUGCUGAGGGAGCAUGCGUUUGACUCAGACGUGGAGCCCCACAGGUUCAGGUCUCUGCCAGAAAUGAGCAACAGGUCAGCCAAUGACCUCAACAAUCUUGAGCUGAAGCCCACACUGUCUCAGCUGCAUGCCGACCUGAAGCUGUAUGAACACCACUUUGAGUGGCUGAACAAAGUUUCAAAGAAGCACCAUCAUCCUGCAGUGCCCAAGCUGGUGGACAUGAUCAGGGAAAUGAAAUCCCUCAUAAACCUGCUGCACCGUCAGAUGCUGAGAGUGGACGCACCAAAGCUGUCCCCAGCGACCCCUUCUCUCCCCCCUCACCUCCCCUACCAGUUUGAUGUCCUGCAGUCCAGCCAUGAGCUUCUUCAACACUUCAAGCUCUUCUGUGACUGGGCCUACAGAGCAUUCAUCAGCCUCAAGCCCAAAGUCACUAUAGUACAAUGA